AAAUUUGGGAAUAGAUUGCUAUAGUAUAUGAGACAUCAUACUGCCUACCCUGUUCCUAUAGCUUUGAGAUUUCUUUCUGGAGACAGAAAAAAAUAUUGGUUUUCUUGCAUCCAGGUCCGCUUCCCAUCUCACUUCAGCUCAGAUCUGAAGGACCUGUUGCGUAACCUGCUACAGGUAGACCUCACCAAACGCUUUGGCAACCUCAAAAAUGGAGUCAACGACAUCAAGAAUCACAAGUGGUUUGCAACCACUGAUUGGAUUGCCAUCUACCAACGGAAGGUGGAAGCUCCUUUUAUACCAAAGUGCAAAGGACCUGGCGACACAAGUAACUUUGAUGACUAUGAGGAAGAGGAGAUCCGGGUGUCUAUCACUGAAAAAUGCGUCAAAGAGUUUGCAGAAUUUUAGGGCCAGCCCCCUUUGCUUUGUGUGCCCAGGAAAAGAAAGGGCUGGAUUUGAUCAGCCUCAAGGGCCAGAGUUCCUUGCCUAUUUGUUAAUUUUGGGAGGUGGGAGAGUGUUGGGGUUCACCUGGAUCUGUUUGGGCAGAAGAAAGAAAAGGGGAAAUCAUUUGAAGCUGUGGAAAAGACAGUAGUCUGAAUGUCAUCCAUCCACCAUCCACUGCAAGCUAUAAGGUGGCUCCCAGCCAUUCUCAGGCAGUUUUUAAAACAAAUUCCCUUCCUGCUCACAUUGACUCCAAUCGAUAACACAAACCCUAAUUGGACAGUCCCUGAUUUUUUUGGUGGCUUUUUAUUUUUAAGGGAAAGGGAAUACUUUGUAAUUCAUCACCAUCUCUAAUGAUUUGGUUCAUGGGGCAUUGCAAAAAAGAAAAAAAAAAGAAGGGAAUUGGGGGGAAGGCAGAAAGUAAACACAUCCACAACAGCACUUUGGUGUUUAGACCAGCAUUAAAUGGGUUCCAACCCAAUUGUCUCGCCUCCCACUGUGAGACAACCCUAUCCUUUUAUCAAUUGCCCUUUCCUCCCCUAUCCCUUUCCAAGGCUCAUUUUAUUAACUUUAAAGAAAAAGUUUAAAGACAUAGUUGACUGGCUUAAAAAAGGUUUUAACAGUCUAGGUGGGGGCAAUGCUUUUAUAUGCUGUUUCCAGCACAGUUAAAUGAAAUUCAGCAGGAAUUUUAAUUCUGUAAAAACAGCUGGAUUUUAGCAUGAAGAAUAUGUGGUUUCUUUUCUUUUCUUUCUUUCUACACUUGAUUUCAUAUCUUUGUCCCUAGUUUUGGGAAAGAAAGAGGCAAUAAUAUUCACACUUGCAGAAGGGGGACAAUGACUGGCUGCAGCUGGAGCAGGAAUACUAUGGGAAGAAACACCGUUUGAAUGUGUAUUUCCAAAACCCAUUCUUUUUGCUUCUCAGCUACCCUCACCCCCUCCAAAAUGUAUCUCAAGAUCAGUUCUUCUGCAUAAGGUAACUGCUGGAGUAUUUGAAUGAAUGAGAAGGAAGCAGGAUUUGUGAAAGAUGAGAAUCUAGCUAUUUGUCACUGUCUGAAGAGGUUUGUCCCCUUUAGUAGCAAUUAAAAUGGGGAUAAAAAACACACAUAGUUGGCAAGACACAUUGGCCGGAUAUGAUUCUUCCUAUUCCAGCCCAAACCUCAAUGUUGGUGAUGCAUGGAUCUCUGGGUGUGGACGCUCCAUUACUUCAGUCCUUAAGAUCUCUAGACACCUGCUCUGGUUUUAUGCUAAGAUAACAAGGGAAGGAUGGCAAACCUAACCCUGAUAAUAAAGAUGGUGAGAUUUACAAACAAAAAUAGACAAAACCCAUUCACUUGUGCCAUGCAGACAAGGGAGUGACCAGUUUUGGUCUGUUGUUGAGAUUGGAAAUACGAAGUGGCAUCUGUUUAGAGUCUUUUCUCUGAAAAGACGGAAGCAGUUGGAGUUGGACUCAAACGAUGUGGAGGGAAGGCAGCUUGUUGUUUUGUCCUGAAUUUUUCUGAUACCCCCCCCCCCCCUUCAUCUUUCCAACGCAAUGCCUCCUUGUGUUCUGUCUUCACCUACCUGACUCCAGAUACACUCUUUCUAAUUUCACAGUUUAAGUUUCUUCCGUUCUUCCAUGGCUGGAGAGCAGAGCAAGCACCUUUGGAUUGAUAGAUGUAAUCUGCACAGAAGUGCUAUUAGGAUCAGACAAGCUUUAUUUACCUCCACUCCAACUUUUCAUCAUCCCUUCCCACCAAGAAGCUCCUAUAAUCCCAUUUUUGUGAAGUUGGGGAGAGGUAGGCUUAAAGCCAUCUGCUCCCAGUUUUGGAAGAAACAAAAACCACUUCUGUGUAAUCCAACAAAACUUGUUUCACUGAGAAAAAACAAACAAACCCUACUUCCUCUUUAACAGUGUGCUUUGUUGUAAACAUAUUUGAAACUAUUACCAAUAAAGUUUUGUUUAAAAAAA